UCAAUUGUGUGAGUAUCAUACAGCCUCCAAAGUGCAAACGAGAUGAGAGGUCAUGCUGAAUCCUAUAGUAUUAGAACCUUCUUCUGCCAUUGGAUGUCCCAUAACCACCUGAUCUAUAUGUAAACAAUGAUACUGUGAAUUGUAUGGAUUACAAAGGUCAGGUUUUACAGGUUUUACAGGUGUUACAGGUGUUGAAGCACUAUAUAAAGGAAACUCCUUUAGACCAUCGUUCACUACACUCAUAUUUGUUAUUUGCUAGCCUACUUAUUGCUGAGCAAGAGUUGAUUUUUGUUCUUUCAGCUACAUUUGUACAUUUUCUGCUUUUCUCUCUCUAAACAGCUCAACUAAGCAGUCAGAAUGAGCACUUCUUUGGGACAAGAAAAUGGCAAAGUUGUAGUGAUAGGUUCAGGUUUUGCAGGUUUGGCUGCUGCAGCCAGGUUGGUGAAGGCAGGAUUUGAAGAUGUCCUGGUACUUGAGGCAAAGGAGAGGGUUGGAGGUCGAGUUCACACCACUAAACCGUUCACUGAGAAUGUAAUUGAAGUUGGAGCUAACUGGAUCCACGGGCAGAAAGAAAACCCCCUGUUUAAGAUUGCUAAAGAGAAGAACCUGCUAUCCGAGGGACCGUCUGCACGCAAAAGCAUGCGCCUGCCCCGUUCUGUAACCACUGAAGAUUACUUUUUCAAAGAAGAUGGGAAGCAGGUCUCCACAACAGUUGUAGAUAAGGUGACUUCGUACUUCAGCAAGCUCACUGACAAAGCUUUUGAUGAUGAACUCAAGAGCAGGCACAGAAAACUAACUCUAGGUGCUUAUCUGGACGAUGCCUUUGGUGAAUCUCCUUUAGCUGCAACAGAAGAUGGCCAGCAAGUUUUUGAAUGGUGCAAGAGGAACGAAUGCACAGAUGAGGCUUGCUCUAGUCUCUAUGACGUUUCUGCAUCCCAGAUUAGCAAUUACACUACUCUAGAUGGAGAGUUUUUUAAUACUUUGGGAACUGGUGGCUAUCGAGCAGUCUUGGAUGUUCUCCUGAAAGAUCUGCCUUCAGGAACUGUCCAGUGUAAUGCACCGGUCAAGAGCAUCCAGUGGGACUUGGUCAAAAAAGGCAGUGGUGAAGAUCAAAGGUAUCCUGUUAAGGUUGUCUGUGAAAAUGGACAGAGCUUUGAGGCAGACCAUGUGAUUGUCACCGUAUCUCUGGGGGUUCUCAAAGACAAAGCGACAACCAUGUUCAAACCGUCCUUACCAGAAGAAAAGCUAUCUGCAAUUGAGAAUCUUAGCUUUGGGAUAGUGGACAAAAUUUUCCUGUUUUUCGAGAAAAGUUUCUGGCCAGACGACUGUGCCGGGAUUCAGCUGGUGUGGAAAGAGGGGCCUGAAGAUAAAGAUGUUUAUGAGUCUCUGUCUGAAGGAGAAACCUGGAAAAAGACGUGGUUCAAGAAGAUCACCGGUUUUGACACAGUGGCUCGUCAUCCCACGGCUCUCUGUGGCUGGAUCACAGGUAGAGAAGCACUGUAUAUGGAGAGUCUUCAGGACAGUGAAAUUGCAGCUAUCUGUGUGAGGUUGCUCAGGUCUUUCACAGGCUGGUCAGUGCCAGAAGUCUCAAAGACCCUGAUCACCAGAUGGGGCUCUGAUCCUCACGUCCGUGGCUCCUAUACAUUUAUUCCUGAUGGUGUCAAUGGAGUGGAAGCACACAAGGCAUUAGCGUCGCCUCUUCCCCCUAAUGAUAAAUGCAGUGGAAGGAAGCACCUUCAGGUGUUGUUUGCUGGUGAAGCUACACAUGAGAAAUUCUACACCACGACCCAUGGAGCGUACCUCACAGGUGUCAGAGAAGCAGAAAGACUCAUAAACUAUUACAACGAUUGAACAUACAGUCACAAAAAGAAGAGAACAUACACUUUGUUUUCAUGAAAAUAACAUUUUAUGAGUGUAUAACAUUUUAUAGAUUUGCUCUCACACCCUAUAGACUUACACAAGUUUUAUGUUUAAAUGACCCAUAGGUAGUUUUAACUGCAUGACAAACAGCAUAACUGCAAAUGCUUACUUCCAACUUAUCAUUGUACCGUGUAAGUCUCUGUCUGGUUAUUUGUUAAACUCCAAAGUGUUGUGUACUACUGAUGAAGAAAUAUUAUUUCCCACACACCAAGCAAUGUUAAAUAACAUUUUCGAAAACAUUUAUUUAAGUAUAUUAAUUAAAUUAAUUCUCAAAAUGUGAUACACAUACAGAGGCCUCAGGUGGUGUGCAGCAUGAUCCUUAAAAUGUAUACUAAUAAAAAAAAAUAAAAAAAAAAGAAAGUUGUUCUAAAA